CGUCAUAGGCAAACUGUACUCAUCUCUACUCUCAGCUAAAACUCAUUCUCCAUGAAAUAACAGUAACGCGGGGCCUCAAGGAUGGCCAACUCGGGUGCUGUCCAGGUGAAACUAGAGCUUGGUCAUCGUGCCCAGGUCAGAAAGAAACCCACGGUGGAAGGCUUCACCCACGACUGGAUGGUGUUUGUCCGAGGACCAGAGCACAGCAACAUUCAGCACUUUGUGGAGAAAGUAGUUUUUCACCUGCACGAAAGCUUCCCUAAACCAAAAAGAGUGUGCAAGGAUCCACCAUACAAAGUGGAAGAGUCUGGAUACGCAGGCUUCAUCUUGCCUAUUGAAGUUUACUUCAAAAAUAAGGAAGAACCCAAGAAAGUUCGCUUUGAUUAUGACCUGUUCCUCCACCUGGAGGGCCACCCACCUGUCAAUCAUCUCCGCUGUGAGAAGCUCACCUUCAACAACCCAACGGAGGAGUUUCGGAGGAAGCUAUUGAAAGCCGGAGGGCAACGGGAUCCUCACAAACGAAGUUCAGAAGACUCAAAAGUGAUGGUAAUGCAGGAGGGCUCCACCUCCCUUUUCGGUCAGCACCUGAAGCUGCCCACACUUCCCAACAGCUCGUUGACUUCCACCUUCUCUGACCCAAAGAAGAGCAAAAGCUUCCACGGGUCAAAGGAUGGCUCCAAAGGAAGCAGCACCACCCUCCUCACCACCGCCACGACCACCAGCACCAACAGCAGCAGCUUCUCCAAACUCCACAAACCCUCCAAGGACCACAAAGACAAGCCUCCAAAAGACUUGAAAGAGCCCAAAAGUGCCUUCAGAGACUCUGGCUGGGAACCCAGCAAAGCCCCCAAAGAACCUUCCAGGAAACCCAAAGAGAACCAGCCACUUAGAGAUACAAAUCCCAAGAUGGGCUUCAAGGAACCCAAGUCCUUGUCUAAGGAGCAUCGGACUGAGGUGAUGACCCAUGGGUCAGGGCUAAACAAGCGUCUGUCCACCCCUGAUGGUGACGAUCACAUCACCAAAAAACGUAAAAAGGGAUGUGUGGAUGUAUCAGGGAAGCAGACUUCAGGGUCAGACGCUCUACAUUUGGAUAAGAAACUGUUGAAGGAUAGAUCGCAGCUGCGUACGAGUAAAGUGCGACCGGAAGGCGAUGAGGCAGAGCGCAGGAAGGUGCAGACACUUCCUCCAUUCCAGGAACUGGUGGAUCCCAAUGACUCAGACAUGGAGGACCAGUCCAACAAAUCGGAUUCCGAACAGCCCAGUCCAGCCAGUUCCAGUUCCAGUUCAGGCUUUGCUCCCACACACCACAAACGACAAGUGGUGGACUUCAUCAUCAGGAAAAGGGUGGCUCUUCCUGCCACCACCCACACAGUGCUGGGCCCGCUGCAGUCCGUCAUGCAGGAUCUGCACUCAGAUGACAACGACGAAGAUUCAGAGGAUGACGAUGACAACGACAUGGACUCUGAUGUGGAGCGACCAGCACACACACAUCUCACACACCACCAACGCAGGGUGAGUUUGAGUGAUGGCAGUGAGAGUGACAGCUCCUCGCCCUCUCCCCCAUCCCGUAAUGAAGCCCCGCCCCUACUAAAGACUACUAAUAACCAGAUACUGGAAGUGAAGAGUCCCACCAAGCAGAGCAAGCAGGACAAGAGCAGAAACAUAGAUUGUGACAAGGCUUACCUGGACGAGCUGGUGGAGCUGCACAAAAGACUGAUGACACUAAGAGAAGGUCACAUCCUGCAGCAGAUUGUGAACCUGAUUGAAGAGACGGGACACUUCCACAUCACAAACACUACAUUUGACUUCGACCUUUGCUCCUUGGACAGAAGUACAGUGAGAAAACUCCAGAGUUACCUGGAAACCUCGGGACUGUCCUGAGGCUCUGAGCAGCUGGCUGCUGGAUCUCUUUCCCCGCAUACAUGUCUGAUUUUUCUUGAAUGAACUUUGGAUGCAAUGCACAAGCCCCACUGUGGCUGGGUCCAGUUGCUGUGUGUCCAGCCUGCUGGUUGGACUGGGCUCUCUGAAUGAAGAGGCGGUCCCACUGCACAGACCGGAGCUGAGUGUUUUGGGGAUGAGCCCUGUCGAUCAGGAGAUCACCCAGAAAGCCUUCAACACGUCACUUGAUUUCUAAAAAACAAAGUGGGGAGUGGCGACCUUGUUGCUCUUAAUGAAUGUGCAUAUUGUUACCAUGUAUGUUCUUUGAUUCGUUGUUCAUUGUGACAAAUGCAUGGUCAGCAUUGCCUUACAACAUUGUAAGUCUUAUUUAUUGAAUUUCAUUUGCAGGUGUGUGUGUGCGUGGGUGUGUGUGUGUGUGUGUGUGUGUGUGUGUGUGUGUGUGUAUUUGAAAUGGCAACAAAAAAAGAAAGUAAAAUGGCAAAAUGAGACUUUGUUGAAGCACUUCACAACAGGCAUAUCUUUAAAUCUGUGUGAGCAUUACUGAAGACACUCGAUUGUCUCUGACUUGAAUUGAAAUGUCGUACUGAAUAAUUUCAGUGGGAACAAAAAACUGCCACAGGAGGUGUGAAGGUGAUACAUUUAUAUUCCAGUCCAUAAAACAACAGCCCUGCAGAAGCACUCCAAAGUCUUGUGAGAAUCCAGUCAGAGGUCUGGAGGGGAUGGGUUUGGAAAAUAAUAAGCAUUUUUCAAAAAAAAAAAAAAAAAGUGGCUGCAACUAGGGCAUGUUAAAACCCAUCCAGUCAUAGCCCCAUUUUUUUUAAACAAUCGUUUUGGGUUCUGACCAGUUGAGCUCUUAUUUAGUUUCUUGCUAACAAAUAUAUUACUUUGAAAAUAUACCAGACACAUGCAAAUACCAAUAGAAGGCGGUCAUUCUAUGCCCCCUCUCUAAAUUUUGAGUUUUUCAUUUUUAAGUUCCUCUGUGAAUGCAGAGCUCUCCAUGAGGUUUUUUUCCCCCAGCAGCAGUUUGUGAAUAACUGAGGUGGAUAACUGAUCUGUGGAUCCUUGCAGCAGCUGAUCAGAUUAAUGGGUGAGAGAAGCAGCUGCUGCAAGUGAAAGCAAACAUUUUCAACACAGCAGAAUGAACAGUUCAGUUUCACUUUUACUGUGCCUGGCAUUCUGCUGCUUCGUCUGUUCCCAGAGUACACUCUGCACUCCAGGAGUGUGGAACGGUAUAUAUGUAUUUCAACAGUACUCCUAAUAAAUUGUCCAGCUCCAAAAAUAUAAAACCCAUUUGUGGUGGCAGAUGUUUUAAUUGUGGCAGGCUGCCACCCAUAACUGAAUGUGUGGGGAAACCCUGCACGUAGGUUCCAUUCUGUUGGAAAAAUGGCAGCACACUUUCUACUACUGCUACACACUUUCCAUCUAUUUAAAGGGCUAACUUUCUGGCACAUAAAAAUCUAAUUGGAAUCUAAAUUUGCCUGGUGUGGUGGUAACAGUCGCAGUUGCCAGAAUAAAUGUUGGCAUUGUACGGUUUUGCAAACCACGAAUGAGUUACAUUUGUUAUUUUGUAGCAGAUACAUUGAAACUUUACAUGUCUUUACAUUUCAGCAAGGCUGUGGUGAAUGCAUGGUUAAGUUUAAGCUCAGAAAACAAAUGGAUAUGGUAAAAAAAAAAUCACGUUUUAGCUUGAAAUACAUGCUUUUUGUGGAACUAUGCCAGCAGGAACGCAACAAUAUCUACGUAAACAAACAACCACUUUUCAUGGUAGUAUCCCUGCAGGAGAGACAGCAACAGUGGAUUUAAAACAACCUACAUUUGGUAGCUAGAAAGUCACUGGAAGAUGCACUAAUGACUCGUUAAAAAACAACCAAUUGUGUUGUUUGUAGGUCUGGAACUGUGGUCUGCAGCUCAGCAGCCGUCUCACUAGGUGUCACACCAUCCACCAACCUCUCCACCUCCAGAUGAUUAAGUCGAAAUGCACAAAAGUAACGUGUCCGUGCUUUGCAGAAUUGUACAAAACUAACAUUUUCCAGGCAACUGGGCUGGUAUAACAACAUACACUUCUAAGUAUUUCUUCUCUAAGAUGUUCAUGUUGUUGCUCUUUGACAGCAGCGGCACACACAUGGCCUUGCUGCAUGCAGUGGCUGUGAUUGUCAAGUGUCUGUUUCAGAGAGAGGGUGAUUUAGAAUGUUCAACCAGCACGUUGAUUGAAGUAUACUGAGACCAAAACCAUAACAGACCCUAGCAAAAGACAAUUUUUAUCUCCCUCCGCCUCGUGAUUCUCACCAACUGAAACAAUUUUCACUGGAAACAUCUCUUUCCUCAAACAAACCUUGUCAUGACUGUAUCAUGACAUACAAAUUCUACAUUAUAGGCGGGUUUCCGUUAACCCUAAAAUAGAGUAAAUUGAAAUUGCAAAUAUAAAAUACGCCUAAUGGAAACGGGUCUAUUUUGAAAAAAAAAAAGUGUUAUUUUGCAAAACUAUCACUGUAAAAUGCUUUUACAGGUCACAUGAUAAAGGAACUGGCUCCCUUACGAUGCAGCAGGAACUACAAGAGCUAUUGAAUCACAUAACUCAAAAGAUGAGUGGAUCAUCUGGAUGUUUUGAAUCCACAAUUCCUCUAUGAAAUCGUGGACUA